GGAUUCCUGUGGGGCCGGGGUGCGCGAGCGAGGGACGCCGCCGUUAUGGUCCGUCCGUUGUACUGCAUCGUCGCAGUGUCCCAGAACAUGGGCAUCGGCAAGGACGGGACCCUGCCCUGGCCCCCGCUCAGGAACGAAUUCAGGUAUUUCCAGAGAAUGACCACAAUGUCGUCCGUAGAAGGUAAACAGAAUCUGGUGAUUAUGGGUAGGAAGACUUGGUUCUCCAUUCCUGAGAAGAAUCGACCUUUGAAGGACAGAAUUAAUUUAGUUCUCAGUAGAGAACUGAAGGUACCUCCACCAGGAGCUCAUUUUCUUGCCAAAAGUCUUGAUGAUGCCUUGAAACUCAUUGAGCAACCAGAAUUAGCAAAUAAAGUAGACAAGGUUUGGAUAGUAGGAGGCAACUCUGUUUAUAGGGAAGCCAUGAGCCAGCCAGGCCAUCUUAAACUGUUUGUGACAAGGAUCAUGCAGGACUUUGAAAGUGACACGUUUUUUCCAGAAAUUGAUUUAGAGAAAUAUAAACUUCUCUCAGAAUACCCAGGUGUUCUUUCUGAUGUCCAGGAGGAAAAAGGCAUUAAGUACAAAUUUGAAGUAUAUGAAAAGAAUGAUUAAUGUGAAGGUGUUUUCUGACUGUUUCAAGUUGUUCCUUCCCCUCUAAAAAAUUAUGUACUUUUACAUUAAAAAAACGACUCGUGGACUUUA